GUUAGUUUACCUCCUCUGAGAUUUGGAAAACAAUGUGCAUUCACGUGCGAUAAGAUUACCGCGUUUGAGCAGCAUUGAGCGCCCAGCACAGUGGCUCCCCACUCAGGCCUGUUGUGUUACUGCAUCACGGCAAACCACACCGCCCUCAGCAGCCUCUGCUGAAUGGCCACGAGCCCAAACCACUGCAGCACGUAUGACUACAGCUGGAAGUUGAACCCACAGUCAGGAGGGAGCGAGGUCACACGGGAGACGCAUGACAUGGAGGUGAAAAGUCACCUGAUCACAGGACCUGAGCUGCAGGGCUGUCAGGACAGUAAGCAGCGCGCCGAGCGGAUGUGCGAACUGCAGGAGCGACGGAGGAGUCUACAGGCGCUGCUCAGCACUCGUCUGGCCGAACUCAAGCGCCUGUGCCUGCAGGAGGCGGAGCUGACGGGGGAGCUUCCCAAAGAAUUUCCGCUAGAAGCAGGAGAAAAACCUCCCUUCGUGCGUCGGCGAAUCGGUGCGUCUCGCCACGGCGCCAAACAUAACGCAAAAGGCGAGGAAGACGCGUCCCAACGCAAGACGAAGAAAACUCUGUUCAGCGGCGCCCUUCGACGGCACACGGACCCAGAUCAGCAUCCGACCCACGGGAAGAGGACCGUUCACCGGGGAUGCCACACAGACAAUACAGUGAAAUCAGAGAGCAGCUCCAUGUCAGACUCCACCAGCCAGGAGAAUGAGGAGACCUCUGACAACCUGUCCCCCUCCCGCCCUCGGCUGGCCCCGGGGAGCCCAGACAGCAGGUUCUGUCGGAAGUUGUCCCCCGUCGAGAUCUAUUACGAGAUGAGGACGCGCCGAAACUCUGUGGCCAGUUCGGCCAGUCCGAGUCGCACCCUCCCCAGGAGUAUGUCAAACGUGGAGGGCAGAAGUGUACCCGCAACCCCGCUUUUAUCUCGCCCCCCGCCCCCAAAUGCCCACAUCAGGUCAGACGCGUCGAGCGGAACUGCGGCGAAGCAGUGGUCAGACAAUCCAGAGGUUCCACUGGUGGUGCCUCAUCCGUCCCAGGAGGGGACUUCCUCAGGGUCAUAUGAGCAGGGAGGCUGCCAGUACAGUGCCCGGACUCGCCGCAGCAACAGUUCGGAGGCCCUGCUGGACCGGAGCGUGUCUGUGGACGAGGGGACUCAGAGGCAGGUCAUGCCCGUCAGGAGCGGCCCUUACAAGAGCUCCGAGGCCCUUACCGACGGCCGGCUGAAGCAAGCGCAACGCGGCAGCCCCGAGCGGCACGUCAACGGCCACACCGAGCUGAGCCGGGUGCGUUCGUCGGUGGGCGGCCGGGGGUCAGGAGGAGGAGGAGGAGGAGGAGGAGGAGGAGGAGGAGGCGGGGGUCAGGGCUACAAUGAGAUCCUGUUGGACUAUGUGUGGGGGAAACAGCAGAAGAUGCAACAGCAGCAGCAGCAGCAGCAGCAGCAGCGACUGCAGACUCACGGCACUGUUAAACCCAGACAGUGGUCUGAGGGUUCUGCCCCGCCCCCUCCCUACAUGAACGGUUUUGCCCAGAACCAGCCUCUGCACCUCUCCGCCGGCCCUCCAGCCUAUAGCCCCCACAUGCUCCGGGGGAAGCCGGGUGAGCCCCACCGGGUCAAAGUGAGCCGUACCAAAUCCUGCGGGCCGUUCUUUCCCUUACAGCAACACCAGCAAGAGACUAUACUGCUGCCCCCUUACCCAGAAACGCCCGGCUCCAGCAGUUCCACCGCAGCGGGUCUUUACCAUCAUCAGACCGAGCAGUCUUGCCCCCCGCAGGUCCACAGGCCCCCGCACUAUCCGGCCGAGUCCUCGUCCGCUUCCUCGACGCCGGACGACCCCACGCGCAGCUUGCACAAGGCUCUGGCUCUGGAGGGUCUCAGAGACUGGUACCUGCGGAACACCCUGGGCCAAGCGGCCGCCGGGAAGGGCCAGGACGGGGCGUCGGCCCGGAGGCGGACCACGGCCGCUCUGCACAACUCCCACCACCACCCGCAGCCGCCCCUCACUCACCAGUCCCAGUCCCUGCAGGGGGAACCCCCUUACUCCCAGCUUCCUCAGUCCGCUACCUUCCACGGUCACCCACUUCAUGGCAGGUCAGUGGAGUUUUCUAUGUACCAAGAUCCGUUCACCUCGAAGAUGCAGGACCUGACGCUAAAAGAGUCCGGCAAUGACAGACCUACUCCCGGCACCUUGGUCUGA